GCAAGUGUAUUGCUGUCCCUAUCCUUACGCAGCCACCGUCCACGGCUGUCCUGUAGACGGGAGUACGUUGUCAUUGAAAAUGUAACGUCGGAUAUCAUAGCGAAGGUUUAUAUGAAUGUGCCUGGAUCACCCGCAAUAUAGCAGCACAGAGAAUAGCACACUACGGCUGAGUUAAUCUUAAAACUAUUUAUUAUGUAGAGGUGAGCGGCGUUGUCUCGAGCGCUUCAGGAACGUCGCAGCCAGCUGUAAGCGGAUAAAGAAAAAGAAAAUCAAGCUAUUUAUAUCGUGGUUGUUCCAGCCGUGACGACCCUCCAGGCAUCGAAAUGAGUGGACUGGACGAAAGUUCGGUGCGGGUCGCGUUGAGGAUCCGUCCUCAACUGGCGAGGGAGAAGAUUGAGGGAUGUCACAUCUGUACAUACUGCAUGCCUGCUGAACCCCAGGUGAUGCUGGGUAAAGACAAGGCGUUUACGUACGACUAUGUGUUUGACAUGGACUCCCAGCAAGACAGCAUCUACACACACUGCACAGAGAAACUCAUCGAGGGCUGCUUUGAGGGAUACAACGCCACCAUAUUCGCCUAUGGACAGACUGGUUCAGGUAAGACCUACACCAUGGGAACAGGGUUUGAUGUGAAUAUCAGUGAGGAGGAGUUGGGCAUCAUUCCCCGGGCUGUCAGCCACCUCUUCAGGGGCAUCGAGGAGAGAAGGCAGGCUGCUACGGAGCAGGGCAAGCCCGUACCCGAAUUCAAGAUCAACGCGCAGUUUCUGGAGUUGUACAACGAGGAAGUGUUGGAUCUGUUUGACUCCACAAGGGACAUGGAUGGGAAGAGACAGAAGUCUACCAUUAAGAUCCAUGAGGACGCUAACGGAGGCAUCUACACUGUGGGAGUCACAACACGCACAGUCACAUCAGAGGCCGAGAUGAUGCAGUGUCUGAAGCUUGGAGCACUCUCCCGUACCACGGCUAGCACCCAGAUGAACGUCCAGAGCUCGCGGUCUCACGCCAUCUUCACCAUCCACCUGUGCCAAGUCAGAGUCUGCGCUCCAGACGACAGCGAGUCCAAUGAGACAGACAACCGGUUAACCAAUGGUUCCCCCGAGAUGAACUCUGAGUUUGAGACGCUGACGGCUAAGUUUCACUUUGUGGACCUGGCCGGGUCAGAGAGACUGAAGAGGACUGGCGCCACGGGGGACAGAGCUAAGGAAGGAAUCUCCAUCAACUGUGGACUGCUAGCGCUGGGUAAUGUGAUCAGUGCUCUAGGGGACAGGAGUAAGAGGUCCACUCACGUGCCUUACAGAGAUUCAAAACUCACCCGGCUACUGCAGGACUCACUAGGAGGGAACAGUCAAACUGUGAUGAUAGCAUGCAUCAGCCCCUCCGACCGGGACUUUAUGGAGACCCUGAGCACUCUGAAGUACGCCAACAGAGCCAGGAACAUUAGGAACAGGGUGGUGGUGAACCAAGACAAGGCUUCCCAGCAGAUCUCUGCCCUGAGGACCGAGAUCGCCAGGCUACAGAUGGAACUGAUGGAGUACAAGACGGGUAAACGCAUGGUAGGGGAGGACGGCAUGGAGAGCGUCAACGACAUGGUCCACGAGAACAGCAUGCUGCAGACGGAGAACAGUAACCUGAGGAUCCGGGUCAAAGCCAUGCAGGAGACCAUAGACGCCCAGAGGGCCAGACUCACACAUUACCUCAGUGACCAGGCCAACCAGGUUCUGGCCAAAGCGGGCGAGGGGAGUGAGGAGAUCGGGAAUAUGAUCGAGAAUUACAUCAAAGAAAUCGAGGAGCUCAGGGCCAAGUUGUUGGAGAGUGAGUCAGUGAACGAAAACCUCCGUAAAAACCUGUCCCGCGCCAACACCCGCUCUUCCCUGUACGGGGGUGGGGGCUCCUUCUCCUCCGCCCACCUCGCCCCAGAGAGAGAGGCGUCCGACAUCAUCGAGAUGGCCAAGAAAGAUCUUGAGAAACUGAGAAAGAAGGAACGGAAGAAAAAGAAGAGACUGAUGCGGCUCCAAGAGAGUGAUCAUGAGGGUGUUCAUGAGCUUGCCAGUGUGGUCAAGGAGGAGGUCCCUGACAACGAACAGGAACGAGGCAACGAAGAGGCUGAGGGGGAUGACCACGUCAGCGACCAUGAGGAAGGAGAGGAAAUGGAGGGAGAGGAGGAGGACGAUGAAAUGGAGGGAGAGGAGAGCUCUGAGGAGUCGGACUCUGAGGACCUCGAUGAGAAAGAGAACUUCCAGGCGGACCUGGCCAACAUCACGUGUGAGAUCGCCAUCAAGCAGAAGCUCAUAGACGAGCUGGAGAACAGCCAGCGGCGUCUGCACACGCUCAAACAGCAGUACGAGCAGAAGCUGAUGAUGCUGCAGAGCAAGAUCAGAGACACCCAGCUGGAGAGGGACAAGGUGCUUCACAACAUGGGUGCAUUUUCCUCUGUCGUUAGACCUAGGAGCUCCGUGGAGACGUGCACAGAGGAGAAGGCCAAGAAGAUCAAGUUAGAGUAUGAGAAGAAGCUCAGCUCUAUGAACAAGGAGAUGCAGAAGCUCCAGUCAGCCCAGAAGGAACACGCACGCCUUCUGAAAAACCAAUCGCAGUAUGAGAAACAGCUGAAGAAACUGAACCAGGAUGUGGCUGAGAUGAAGAAAACAAAGGUGAGUCUGAUGCGCCAGAUGAAGGAGCAACAGGAGAACAACAGAGCGUCAGAGUGCCGACGUAACAGAGAGAUCGCUACUCUGAAGAAGGACCAGCGCAAACAGGAGCACCAGCUGAGACAGCUGGAAGCUCAGAAGAGGCAGCAGGAACUGAUAUUGCGCCGAAAGAAUGAGGAGGUGACAGCUUUGAGGAGACAGGUGAGGCCCGCCUCUGGAAAGGUGAACAGAAAGGUGAGCCUACCGGAGCCUCUCCAGGACCCGUCACACCGCGGCAUCCCAGGCCGACCUCACUCUGCCGGGGCAACAGCCCCCAAUGGCACACCGAGGAAGUACCCGGCCCGGAUGGGCAGUGUCUACACCAACAGGACCGCCCGGGCUAAAUGGCAGUCUCUGGAGAGACGGAUCACCGACAUCAUCAUGCAGAGGCUGACUAUCUCCAACAUGGAGGCUGAAAUGAACCGCCUCCUCAAGCAACGUGAGGACUUGACCAAGCGAAGGGAGAAGGUGUCUCGUAAGAGGGAGAAGAUCGCCACAGAGGGGACUGAUGCGGACCGAAGCGUCCAGUCUCUGACCGAGGAGAUGGAUGCCCUGGCGGCCAAUAUUGACUACAUCAACGACAGCAUCGCUGACUGUCAGGCUAACAUCAUGCAGAUGGAGGAAGCUAAGGAGGAGGGAGACACGGUGGACGUUACCGCGGUGAUCAGCGCCUGCAACCUAUCAGAAGCCCGUUUCCUGCUUGAUCACUUCCUGCACAUGACCAUUAACAAGGGCCUGCAGGCGGCCCAGAAGGAGUCCCAGGUAAAGGUGAUGGAGGGCCGACUGAAGCAGACGGAGAUCAACAGCGCCACUCAGAACCAGCUGCUGUUCCACAUGCUGAAGGAGAAGGCGGAACUGAACCCAGAGUUGGAUGCUCUGCUGGGCAACGCGCUGCAAGAGAUAAGUUACCUAGUGGAGGCAGAAAAUGGAGAUGACAGCAGUAGUGACGAGUCCUCUACUCCCAGCCCAGCAACUGAGGGAAGUUCAUUGGCCUCGGAUCUCCUGAAGCUGUGUGGGGAGGCCAAACCUAGAAAGGCGCGCAGAAGAACCACCACCCAGAUGGAGCUGCUGUAUGCUGGAAGUGGAGACUUUGACUCGUCCACUGGGGACUUCUCUGCCUCCCUGCUGCCUCUACCGAUGGUCCAGGAGGGGUUGGGGGACAUGGGGACAGCGGCAGCACUUCCUGGGGACAGGGAGCUCACCGGGCCCUCCUCGGCACUUACCACCAGGAUGUCCAGCCUUUCAGGAGUCCGCCCCGCCGCGGGAACUGAGAGGAGACCUUCAGAGCGUUCGCCUCAGACGCGCAGGAGGAUGCUGGAGAAAGGGACACAUGCCCCUGUCGACCCCAGGGGUCACCCGUCGAGAGAGACCAAGGGGCACGCACACACUCCCAUCGGCGUGCCUGCGGCCAUAGAGAAGGGCCCUGACGUCAAACCAGCGUUGGAAGAUCUAACUAUAUACGAAGGACAACGAGGGGUGAUCAACCCUGUGCCAGCCCCUAAAAGCGGCCGUACGGCCAGGCUACAAUGUGUCUACAUGGCAGAGGGACACACCAAACCGGUCAUGUGUGUCGACUGCACUAACGACUUGCUCUUCACCGGAUCUAAAGAUCGUACGUGUAAGGUGUGGAACCUGGUUACCGGUCAGGAGAUCAUGUCUCUGAGUGGUCAUCCCAGCAGUGUGGUCUCCGUGAGGUACUGUUCCAGCCUGGUCUUCACCGUCUCCACCUCCUACAUCAAGGUGUGGGACAUCCGAGACUCCGCCAAGUGCAUACGCACCCUCACGUCGUCUGGCCAGGUGAACGUAGGGGACAGCUGUGUUUCUCUGCGGUCCCUGACAAUCCCUCCUGGAGAGAACCAGAUCAACCAGAUCUCUCUGAACCCCACUGGGUCUUACUUGUACUCGGCCUCGGGCAACUCAGUCCGCAUGUGGGACCUCAGAAAGUUUGUUUCGACGGGAAAGCUGACCGGUCACCUGGGUCCGGUCAUGUGUCUCACCGUCGACCAGAUGAGCAACGGCCAAGACGUGGUCUUGACGGGCUCCAAGGACCACAGCCUGAAGGUGUUUGAGGUGACAGAGGGGGCCCAGGGCAGUAUCGUGGCCUGUCACAACUUCGAGCCGUCCCACCAUGAGUGCAUCGACUCCCUGGCCAUUCAGGGGGACAACCUCUACAGCGGCUCCAGGGACUACUGCAUCAAGAAGUGGGACCUGUCCCGCAAACGACUGGUACAGCAGGUGGUCAGUGCUCACUUUGACUGGGUGAGCGCCCUGGGGAUGGUGCCAGGCAGCCAGGUAGUGCUGAGCGCCGACCGGGGAGGUGUGUUGAAGCUGUGGCACGCCGACACCCUGGAGCCACUCGGAGAACUGAGGGGACACGACAGCCCGGUCAACGGCAUGGCAACCAACAACAGCCAGCUAUUCACCGCCUCAGAUGACAAAACAGUGAAGAUCUGGCAAGUAAAAGGAUCUUUGGAGGAUGGGAUCUAUUGACACUGCGAAGGAGACAUCUGGACUGUGAACGGGCAGAGCUCUGUGGAUCUGCUCGAUCACACUGGAUCUACUACAGCCCUUAGAUCGAUUGCUCCCUUAUGGAUCUAACACAAGAUCCAUCUUCAGCUGUUCUGCACAGUGCUCCAGGAAAGGAGAGCCUCAAAGAAUGUCAUCGAGUUCCACAGCUCAAGACAUUCAGUCGACCAGGCCGGAGGAGUGUAGCACCCCAGUCGUGGCGGUCGCCUGGAGAAAUGUCAAGGCCCCUGACCGCUCCAGUGAAUGACCACCGGUGCCUGAACCCACGCCGUGUUCUCAUCGACGUAAUCCGUGACUGCGCGUAUGUGAUCUUCUCUUCGUGUCAGAAGGUGGAACGUCUUCUAAAACCAGGUCCUAUGAAGGAAGGUCUUUCUUCAGCUGUUACUGCCAAACCCAGUCAGGUCCUCAGUGAGGGGGGGGGGGGGUAGAAAAGGUAAUGAAAACACAGUGAACUCGUGGUGUGGGAAGGUGUAGCUGACCUCCGCCACGGAAACCCAGAGCAACGGGAGUCUGUGUCAUAAUCGCACCACAAACGGUGUGGCGAGGGUUGGUCUCGAUCCGAAUCCAAGUGUUGCUUUUACUGUCUGCACCUUGAGAUUGUGUAGAGUGCUCGACCCAUUUACACAUUCCUCUGUGCUUGUACAGAACCUCUUUACUGUUUGUAUUCAAACCUCGAACUACAAAAGGUGAUUUGAUCUGUCAUUUUUUUGUCAGUGUGUGUAUUUAUUUGUGUUUCUUGAUAACUUUAAAACCUCCACGUUUUUUGAGCUUCCACUUAAUAUGUCCAGUGGGACGGCAUCGAUCAGGCGCCAGCCCAAGUCAACCCAAUACCCAUCUGUGUCAUAAUAGAGACUGAACAGAGCCUAGAGAUGCAGGUUAUUAUCAGUGCCGGUGAAUCUUAUUCCAUAGCUAUAGAUCGUUGCAACCUUUCCCGUGUGGAUAUAUAUCAUUACAACCUUAUCCGUGUGGACUAGCCUUCGACGCCUAGGUUGGUAUAAAGUGAAGAUUAUUAUGACCACAUCUUAAUGUGAAUACAAAUCUGCUGUUUGUCCUCUGUCUGAACAUCUUGUGCACAAAUUCUGACUUUUUGUGAUUCUAAUGUCAGAUGUAGUGUGGAAAUAAAUGACUGUAAGAAGUCUGUCAGAAAUAA